AUGACGUGGUUCGCUGCUAUCACGGUCUUCGGUGCCCUGAAUGACUUUACGGUCAAGAUGGUUUAUCUGGUUUCCUUCUACCUCGUCAUCAAGUACACGUACCGGAUAUUCUUGUCUCCUAUUGCCAGUUUUCCCGGGCCGAGGAUUGCCGGUAUGACUAAACUCUACGAAGCCUAUCACGUCCUGCUGAAGAACGAUUGGCUUGAGAACAUCAUCUCACUCCACGAAAGAUACGGCCCUGUCGUGAGAAUUGGGCCCAACGAACUGCACUUCGUCGACAACAAGUUCAACCUCGACCAUCACCGGCGCGCCGACCUCUUCAAGUGCGAUAACUACUACGGUCUUCUCAACAAACUUCUUGGCGGACUGGCUAGUCCUACGAAGCAUGCGCAGAGAGCAGCAGUCAUGCGGCCAAUUUUCUCUGGCCAGGCUUUGGCUGAAUACUCCAAGACUUUGGAUAAGCAUGUAGAGUCUCUUCACUCACGCCUUGCAGAUGCUGCUUCAGAUAAAGAAGUUAUCAACUUGACGCAUUACCUAUGGGCUUACACCAACGACGUCAUGAUUUCGUAUCUCACUGAAGAGAACUAUGGUUUUCUCAAGGUCUACGAUUUGCAAGCCACUCACGAUGUGACACGAGCCUUCAGCGCCAUCGACCUCGCUACCGUACUAAGAUGUAUGCCACCGAUCAAGAUCAUGUUUGAUUAUGUCCCAGCUCUUCGAUCCUUUUCACCUUUGGGGUGGCUUGACAACUUAAUUAGCUCUCACGUCAGACCUACGGUCAAGUCUUGGGAUGACGAGAAUAGUCAUCAGAGUGUGUUGGCUCGGGUCUUCAACGAGAUAGGGAACGAGACCCAAACCGUGCACGAGUCAUCACAAGCUAUUUUCAUUGGCAAUGAAUCCCUUCUCAGCAACUUGACUUUCGUACUCCACCAUCUCAUCCAAAACCCGGAAUGCAUCAAGAAAAUUCGAGCCGAACUGGAUACUCUGGAUAUCGGCACAUACGGGCACCGAAUCUGGAGGGACCCAAAAACCAGUCAACUAAGAUAUUUGGAUGCUGUAUGCAGGGAGUCAUCCCGCUUGAGCUCGCCCAGCUGGCAUCGACAACCACGACAGAGUGAAACUCCGGUGCAAUACCAAGGAGCGAUCAUACCUCCAAUGACGAGUAUGAGCUUCACCUUACAUCUACUCGAGCGCGAUGCCAUCCUCUUCCCAGACCCGAAUACUUUCAAGCCUGAAAGAUGGCUUGGUUUCAAUCAAGAAUCAAAGACAACCAAGAGUCAUUCCGUCUCAUUUGGUACUGGUACACGAACAUGUCUAGGACAACAUAUUGCGCACCGAGUUCUACGCAAAACGGUCGCAUUCCUCAUCUACAACUUCAAUAUUUCAUUAUGGAAUGAGAAAAUGGAUAGGGCAGACGGAUUCCGUUAUUUGAACACAUACCCCAAGAAAGGUCACGAAGGCUACAUGAAGGUCCAAAUGACACCGCGAUUUGGAUCAAAUGCAUAG